GUUUGAAGUAAAAAAUAGUCAGUGUGAAUUAGUUUUAGUGCCUCAGCAUCAGUAUUGACAACACCACAGUGAAACUGCAAAAAUACUUCCUACAUCAAACUAUUAUUUCACAGCUAACAAUGCCGAUAGACUUUUACUACGCGGAAGGUUCGGCUCCUUGCCGCUUUGUCUCGUUAGUGGCGGCCGCACUAAAAGUCCCUUUAAACCUCAAACAUGUCGACUUUAUGGCUGGAGACCACAUGCGUCCUGAAUACAUCAAGAUGAAUCCUCAACAUAAUGUACCUACAAUAGUGGACGAUGGCUUUGUCCUGUGGGAGUCGCGUGCCAUUGGACGGUAUCUGGUCAACAAAUAUGCCGGCGAUAGCUCGUUGUAUCCUAAAGACCCUAAAGCCAGGGCAGUAGUGGACCAGAGACUAGACUUCGAUAUAGGAACACUGUAUAACAGAUUUUAUCAGUACUUCUACCCACAAAUCCUGGAGGGUCAACCUGCUAACGAAGAGCUGCUAAUAAAACUGCACGAGGUCCUCGCCUUGCUUAACACGUUCCUGGAGAAGAACAAAUACGCGGCGGGAGAAGAACUGACUCUGGCUGAUCUCAGUCUUGUUGCUAACGUUUCAACUAUCGAGGCAGCCGGGAUUAGUAUUGCGGAGUACCCGGACAUCCUUAGAUGGUUUGAUCUUGUCAAAAAUACGGCUCCAGAUUACGAAGAAGCAAAUGGAAAAGGCGUACGAGUAUAUAAAGAAAUUAUUGAAAACUUUCGAAUAAAGAAAUGAAUAUAAAAUGCUACUUUGAAUAAUAGAUGUCGCUGUACCAAGUUAUUGAAUUGAAUUGAAAGGUGCCUCUAUUUUUU